GGGAUAGAAAAGCGUUAAUCAAUUGCAGUGAUUGCCCAGACACCAAUAACACCUAUUCUUCACCAGAAUUGGUUGCCCCGUCAUAGUGAAUGUGCUGGGUCAAUCGUGUAUUGUUGAGUGUUUUUUCAUAGGAAAGUGGAAGUGUUCGACAAGUGCAUAUGCAAUUUCGACGGUGAGCAACGGUGAAUACAUUUAAAUUGGUGCAGAGAAGAAAGACGACUCAUCACCGCGGGCGUGUGUGAGAGUGCGGGGCCCGGUAAAAGAAAGAAAGGUUGUAGUGAAAACUCUUGGAAAACGCGAAACCAUCACACCAUCGAUGGUGGAUGUUGAACGAAUGAUUGAGCAAUUUGCCUGCGGAAAGAUCAUUGCCUGUAUCGAGUGGUGGUAGACGAAACCUCGCUUGCAGCUUCCUAACGAGAGAAGGAAGACCAGCCGCGUGGCAAGCGAACCGUGAAGAGGAGGCACCCGUGUGGAGAGAUUUCGUGCGGUGCCCUCAGAACGAGCGCGAAACGCCGUGUUUGCGUGUGCACGAACACCUGGGUUGUAGUGGUGUGCAGCUUCUGCAAGCACGAUGAGUACGGAACAUCCGGCAGCGAGUGAGCUGCUGGCCAAUGCUACCGCUGCCACGGCCGCCGCCGUCAGCAGCACGGCCAAGGCGAACAUUGCCGUGCGUAUGACGGAGGCCCCAGCCUCGGCCCUAGCGAUCGAUCCCAUUAUCAACCAUGUGGGUGACGGCAUUUUCCUUCAGGCCAAGACGGCCCAAAUCUUUGCCGGUAUCUGCGUCUGGAUGGCACUGUUCAUCACUUGUCAGCAGAUCUAUCAACACCUUCGAUGGUACACGAACCCACAGGAACAACGGUGGAUCGUCCGAAUACUGUUCAUCGUGCCGAUCUAUGCCACGUACUCCUGGGUCAGCUUACUGUUCUUCAACUCGGAAAGCGUCUAUGUAUACUUCUUUACCGUACGCGAUUGCUACGAAGCGUUCGUAAUCUACAACUUCCUGUCGCUGUGCUAUGAGUACCUGGGUGGUGAAGGCAACAUCAUGUCGGAGAUCCGCGGCAAACCGAUCAAAUCGUCCUGCCUGUACGGAACGUGCUGCCUGGCGGGCAAAACGUACACGAUCGGAUUCCUGCGAUUCUGCAAACAGGCGACACUGCAGUUCUGUCUGGUCAAACCAUUGAUGGCGUUUAUUAUCAUCUUCCUGCAGGCAUUCAAUCACUACCACGAUGGUGACUGGAGUGCUGAUGGAGGCUACAUUUACAUCACCGUCAUCUACAACAUCUCGGUUUCGCUGGCACUGUACGGUCUGUACCUGUUCUACUUUGCCACCCGUGACCUACUGACGCCCUUCGAUCCCGUGUUGAAAUUCUGCACCGUAAAAUCCGUUAUCUUCCUGUCCUUCUGGCAAGGUGUCGGGUUAGCCAUUCUGGAAAAGGCGGAGGUCAUCUCACCGAUCGUCGAUGCCGGAGGUUCCACUACGUCCGCUGGUACGGUUUCCGCCGGUUAUCAGAACUUUUUCAUCUGCAUCGAAAUGUUGUUUGCUGCCAUCGCCCUGCGGUAUGCUUUCCCGUACCAGGUGUACGCCCAAAGCUGCAUGACCGAUGCACACGGCCGAUCUGUCACGAUGCAAUCAAUUUCAAGCAGCUUAAAGGAAACGAUGAACCCGAAAGAUAUUAUGACCGAUGCGAUACACAACUUCCAUCCGCAGUAUCAACAGUACACGCAGUACAGCUCAGGUGGUAAAAAUCCACGUGGCAUUCGCGUUUCCUCCUACGACCCGGACGAUCCAAGCCAUCAGCUAACCGGCAACGGACAGAACCACGGCGUGGGAAGUGGAGCAACGACGGGAUCUUACAACGGUGCCGGUACUGGUGGAGGUGGACACGGCGGUAGUUACAUUGCGCCACCGACGCUUGGCAGUCAGCGAAAGUUUAUGCCCGGUGCCAGUGUCGUACCGCAGAAGGUAUCGACUAUCAGCCAAAAUUACAAUGAGAAAACGAUGCUGCUGUCCAGUGAUGACGAGUAUCAGUAAGGUACCGCGGAUUAAUAUUAUUGUAAUGAACCUUUGAAGAACUUUCGUUUACUUAGUUCUUCAUUCGAGGUUAUGUUGUAAGCUUCGAUCCUAUUUGUGUGUAGGGAAGUGUGUUUUUCUUAUUUGUGUCUUACAUCGCGUCAUGUACGCGUUACGUUUUGAGCUCUAGCAUGCACAGUCUUUCUUCUCUUAUUCGUAACGUAUUACUCCACCUGUAAAUGAAACAAACAGAAAAGCAAACAACCUUAACUGCGAAAUGAGCUCCGAAAUCUCGGAACGAAUCAAUUCACGCUUACAUAAAUAGUGCGUUCAAAAUCAAAAUCAACAAAACGGUAGAAAAAACAGCACAACAGUACUGAACAAUCGGUCGUGGAGUUGUGCGUGGAAAAUACACACAAGAAAGCCGCAGCAACUGUCUUGCAGUAACAAUACAUGUCUAGAAAAACGCUAGAUGGCUAAAAUACUACACAGAAGGAGGAAGAAAAAAAAACAGUACAAUAAUCCUGCCAUGUUUGUGACACUAUAGAACAAAUGGACACAAUAUGUACUUUACACUGCAGCAAAAUGAAAGCAACACACACACAGAGAGAGAAGCAUGGGUGCGCACAUUCUAGUCCUAACGAUUCCGUCACUGUGGCAUUAAUACUAAUUAAUGUUGUAUUGAUAGCGGAGCAUUGAAUUUUCGCCAGCAUUGCACAGAUGUCAAUAUUUCGGUAAAAGAUGUUAUGUUGUCUUAUUAAAACAAAUCAUCCAGAUCCAUUUUCUAUCUCAGGCCGAGAGAAAGCGUGCGAAAGAGAGAAUAGAAGAGCCGAAGAGUGCAGCUUUAAGUAAAGUGGCAAGGACAUGGCAAUUUCGGUUCGGAAACCCCAUUUUCAUACCCAUCCGCCACAUCGUGUAGUGUGUAUAAAUGCAGCUGCAAGAAGCUAAAAUGCCGUUAGACUUUGCGAUCUAAUCGAUGUUUAUGUGUUUUUUUUCUCUGACAAGAUAAGGGGGGACAUAGGCAGAAGAAGCAGCAUUGUGGUGGUUUGCCCCACUCACCUCCCAGGUAUUUCUCUUCAUGACAACGCGCAUAUGUUUGCCGCAUUGAAGCACGUGGCAAUAUUGUUGUUAACUUAUACAAAUACACGUCUAGUGGAAAAAAAUACAAGGAAUAUGAUCCUUUUCCUGUUGAAGAUAAAAGACGAGAGAGGGAGAGAGAGAGAAAAAAGUUAAUGAAAAAUAAGCAUACUUUUAAAAAAAGCAAACAACAAAACAAAACAACUGAAUGGUAAAACAGUACUGGUGUAGAAAAGGGAAAUUAGUUAGUGUGCUUUAUAAUAUAUAUAUAUACACUAUAUUUAGUAUGCCAAAACAACAGGAUGUAAGAGUAAUUUGAAGGAGAAUAGAAAACAAGAUGAUGCAAAAAUUAAACACAUACACAAGCUGAUUCCCAGUUCGCCGUCAAUAUGCAAACACAAAUCUAUUAGGUAGCAGGGGUUCAACGGAAUUCGUGGUGUUUGCUUUCAGGAGCGAACCCACAGGUGUACGAACAAUCGCAUCCAGUCGGGCAUUGAAGCUUGUAACGCCUUGUAACAACUUGCAACGCCACGAAUUAAUUUGAACGCCUGGGCAUGAUUAGACACGUGCAAGUUUUGUUGGCUAACACUAUGGAAGGAAACCGCGCGAAUGGAAACCCAAGUUGAAUGCAUUUAAAUCCCGUAGUUGCGUGAUGAAAGAGAGAAUUUAUCGGGGAGCAAGAAUGUAGAUGGCAAAAACACGGUGGAUAAAACAACGGCGAACGAACCUGCGUGUACGUAUGAUCGUACAAAGAGGAUCCACCCUAUAUACAUGUAUUCUUGAUUCAAACAAAAAACAAACCCUAUAUCCAUUUACUAAGGCACAUGCGGUGUGAGGAAUGUGAACGUACAUAAAAAGACACAAACAUUUAUAAACCAGUGCUAGAGGUUGACGAAUGAUGCGAGCAGAACGAUUGAUAUGAACGCACGGAGUGUGAAGGAUCGUACCGGUACGAGGAUGCAAAGAAGCACGACCCCUAUGCUAUGCUACGCGUGGGCAUUGAAGGCAUAAAACGAGAGUAAUAAAAAGGCGAAGAGAAAAAUUUAUUGAAAGUGAAAUCGAGGUGGCCAAUUUAAUGUCCAAGAUUACGCUCCCGCUUAUCGAAGGGUUUGCAGCGUCCGAAAGCGGCAUCAAUAAUCGUUAUCGAAGGAAGUGGAAUUUGUUGGCGUAACAGGGGUAAAUCAGUAGACGAUAAAUGGGUUCGCUUUAGUUCGCGUAUCUAUCAACCGACCAUUCUCUGUAGAAAUACCACCCAAACAUGGACAAAAAUGCUGCAUACAGCGGUUGCAUUGGGGAGUGU